GACGAAAGCAAGAGAGAAAAAAGAGUAGACGCUUUUUGGAAUGAGAGAAGAGCCUGAGCCUGUAGGCCAGAAGUGAGCGAGUGAAUGAGUCCCGUGCCUUCCUGAUCGGGUGAUAUGCUCUUUGUCUGAAGACUCUGGGUCCUACAGGUACAGUACGGUGGCUGUCGUACUUGUACCUUACAUGGUAUGUGGUAGGCACCUAUUCAAAUGUCUGGCUGGCCAUGAAACUAUCUUCUUUAUCACCAGCGCUGAUCACUUGAGGCUCUGUUCAUGUCGAUGGACUAUAAGAAACAUUGAAUUUGAAUAUGUAUUGGCUGCAUAUGCUGAACACUUAAUUAUUCUGGAAUACAUCCCGAGGGCACAAUCAACCACUUAUGUACUGUACCGCUAUCCAGCCCUUGCAAGCCAAUUACGCAUCAACCUCAUUGUGACACCAGCGUAUCACAACCACGUGGGCCGUCUUAGAGUUCGAUGCAGCAACUGCUGCUCUACCAUCUUCAUUCACGAACAAGCUUUUAAUCAGGCAACCCCCCCCCCCCCCCAGUUGCCCCAAACAUUCCACAAAUAUAAUGCAGGGACGCCUCUCAGCCAUCCAUCCCCAUAAAUGCAAUGCAGCCCCCAUACCUUCGCCACCCAUCCUUGCCAGACCUGACGAAGCCAUCAUCUCUUCCCAGUGGGCCCCAUCCAGUCCAUCAGAAGUCGAAUGCAACCAUAAGAACUCAUCCACUUCGUACCAU